AUGUCACUUGCAUCUGUAGCCCAGUUUUACAUUGAACAGCCUGAAACGUCGAAAGAAGCUCGUACACAAAGAUCCCUUGACUUUUCUGCUCCACAAUUUGUUCUUCUGGAAGGUACAGAUGACCCGUUUGAUGGAAUUAUACAAAAAAUGUUUGAAUACGGCCAGUGUUUUUACGAAAAAGUUGAAGUAACGAAGAAUGAGCAGCUUACCAGCCAAGGUAUUUAAAAGUUUAAAAACUUUUCAAUUUUUAAAAUUUAUAUUUUUUAAUUGUCAAGGUUUUUAGGUGUAGAGAUAACAAAGCUGCCUGCUUUACAAUUCGAUGGACUUACACUGACCGGGUUUUCGACUGUGUGCCGUGCCAUAGCAACUCGAGUGGGCUUGGAUGGAUGCUCAGUUAAAGAGUCAAAUGAAAUUGACAUGAUUGUAAAUUUUAUUGAAGCAGAGAUGAACAAAUUGAGGCCGCUGAUUCAGAGAUGGACGGUAGAACAGGAAUCCGAUGACGAAAGCGAUGAUGACAAUGACACAAACGAAAACGAGUUUACUUUCCAACUAGCUCCGAUUUUGGAUGCAAGGUUUAAAACUAACGGGUCCAAAACAGUGGUUGGGAAAAGUGUAAGUUACUGUAAAAUAUUAUUUAGGUAUUUGUUAAUUAAAAUUAACUUUUACAUUAAAAAACUUUUAAUUUUAUUAAAAUCAUAAUUUUUAGAUUACAUGGGCCGACUUUGUGUUAGUUUACUUUAUGCGAACUUUGAUCGAAUUUACUGGAACACAAAUUUUGGACGAUUACCCUGACUUGGCCUACUAUUAUCAUAAAAAUCAUGCAUUGUAA